AUUUAGGGACCGCCAUUCGAUGCCACGGAAUGCCUUUUUGAAGAUCGAUCCUCAUCCUCCGUCACCUGUGUCUUCCCUUUGCCCCUAUUUUCUCAAUUCCCUUCCCUUCGCUUAAACUUCCAGAAAACAGAGCAGCAUAAAUAGUCAUGGGUGCUGGCUUCAGUUCAAGCAAGAAAACCAAAGAAGAACUCCAAACGGUACUCAACAAGUCCAAGGAGAUCGUCUCCUCCUGUCCGGUCGUGGUCUUCAGUAAAACCUAUUGUGGGUAUUGCAAUAGGGUGAAGCAAUUGCUGACCCAGCUGGGAGCAAGUUACAAGGUCAUUGAACUGAAUAAUGAAAGUGAUGGAGGUGAUGUUCAAGCAGCUUUGGCACAGUGGACUGGGCUGAGUACAGUGCCUAACGUGUUCAUUGGAGGCAAGCACAUCGGUGGUUGUGACACUGUGGUGGCCAAGCAUCAGGCAGGUGAGCUUAUGAACCUCCUCACGAAUGCCGGUGCCUUUCCCAACUCUGCUACUGCGAAGCAGUGACUCUUAAAAGUCUUUCAAGACCAAAGUUUACCGUGGAGGGGCUGUAAGCUCAUGCUAUGUACAAAGGGCCGAUAUCCCUAGUUAAAGGUCUGAAUAAUGAAGAAAACUACUACUGCGUUUGCUUGAGUCCAUUUCUGUUUUUAUUUUUCAAGAACAGCAAAAUUGUAAGCUCAUCUGCAGCCAUAUAAUCCACAGGCUCAAAUUCAUGAACAAUGAAAUACAGGUGACUUU